AUGCGACCUCUCCAGGUUAUUCCCAGGCAAUUCAUUUCCCAGCUGUAUUGUGGACUGAAGUCUCCAGCCUCUGCACAAACCAGAAUUUGCCCAAGUAUGGCUCGUCCAAGUUCAAAUAUGGCAGAUUUUCGGAAAGUUUUUGCAAAAGCAAAGCACAUCGUCAUCCUUACAGGGGCUGGUGUUAGUGCUGAAAGCGGUGUCCCGACUUUCAGAGGAGCUGGAGGUUACUGGAGAAAAUGGCAAGCUCAGGACUUGGCUACUCCUCAAGCCUUUGCCCGAAACCCAUCCCGGGUAUGGGAGUUCUACCACUAUCGGCGGGAGAUCAUGCAGAGAAAGGACCCAAACCCGGGGCACCUUGCCAUCGCCGAAUGUGAGGCCCGGCUACACAGGCAGGGGCGGCGGGUGGUGGUCAUCACUCAGAACAUCGACGAGCUGCACCGUAAGGCUGGCACCAAGAACCUUCUGGAAAUCCAUGGUAGCUUAUUUAAAACUCAGUGUACCUCUUGUGGAAAUGUGGCUGAGAAUUACAAGAGUCCAAUUUGUCCAGCUUUAUCAGGAAAAGGUGCUGCAGAACCUGAAACUGAAGAUGCUAGAAUCCCAGUUGAAAAACUUCCCCGGUGUGAGGAGGCAGGGUGUGGGGGCCUGCUGAGGCCGCAUGUCGUGUGGUUUGGAGAGAAUCUGGAUCCAGCGAUUCUAGACAAGGUGGAACGAGAGCUCGCCCUCUGUGACUUAUGUCUAGUGGUGGGAACUUCCUCAGUGGUUUAUCCUGCCGCAAUGUUUGCCCCCCAGGUGUCUGCGAGGGGAGUGCCAGUGGCUGAAUUUAACAUGGAAACCACCCCAGCCACGGACAAAUUCAGGUUUCAUUUCCAGGGACCCUGUGGCACAACUCUUCCUGAAGCCCUUGCCCGUCAUGAAACAGAAACUAUUUCUUAA